ACUUGAAUUGAAUCCACGUGUAUGGUUUUUCACACUCACUGCUCUGAGUCUAUCUUCUCUCUCACCCGCGGCGGCCACAUCUCCUAAUUUUGCGUUUCCGGCUUCGUUGCCGUCGUGGUCUGUAGCCUCCAGUCUGCGUGAGACCGCGAGUUCGUGUUCGUCUCCCCCGUGCGCCGUGCUGCUGCUGCGUCCGCCGUCCAGCAGUCUCUGUUCUGCACAGCACUUGAAGUUGAAGUUGAAGUUGAACUGCCACAACUAAACUCUGUGCCCGGCCGGGUCAGUUUCCUUCUUUACAAAAUGGUGAUCCUUUUCGUUAAUUUUUUGUUUCCAUUUCAUCAUUGAAAUUUCAUUUGUGUGGAUAUGAUGAUGAUCUCUUCCAUGCAUACUACACUUUUUGUCGGGACCUCUCUCUUUCGUCAUACUAAUAGCCUCAGAACCUUAAAAUUUUGUUUACCUUUCUCAUCUUCCGCUGCUUCUUCUCUUUCUAUUGACAAGAAGAAAUGGAGGCAAUCAGUUUUCUCAGCAUUGGAAGUUGGUGGAGUCAAGAUUACCAGACAAGAUGUAGUGAGGGACGAUCCAACAAAUAAUGUUCCAGACAACAUAUUUUCCAAACUUGGAAUGCAACUUCACAGGAGGAAUCAACACCCUCUUGGGAUACUGAAGAAUGCAAUAUAUGAGUAUUUUGACACAAAUUAUUCAAACAAGUUCAAUAAGUUGGACGACCUUUGUCCUAUAGUUUCACUGAAGCAGAACUUUGAUGAUGUCUUGGUUCCUGAAGACCAUGUCAGUAGGAGCUAUAAUGAUACAUAUUACAUAGACCCUCAAACUGUUUUAAGGUGCCACACAAGUGCUCAUCAGGCAGAAUUAUUGAGAAGUGGAUAUACUCAUUUCCUUGUAACAGGAGAUGUUUAUCGAAGGGAUUCAAUUGAUUCUACUCAUUAUCCUGUCUUCCAUCAAAUGGAAGGCUUUCGAGUUUUUGUUCCAGAAGAAUGGGAAGCAUCUGGGAUGGAUGCCACAUCAUUUUCAGCAGCAGACCUAAAGAAAUGCCUUGAGGGUCUAGCACGCCAUUUAUUUGGUGAUGUAGAAAUGCGCUGGGUCGAUACCUAUUUCCCAUUUACUAAUCCAUCAUUUGAACUUGAAAUAUAUUUCAAGGAAAAGUGGUUGGAGGUUUUGGGGUGUGGAGUGACGGAGCAAGAGAUUCUGAAUAGAAAUGGGCAACCUAAUAAUGUUGCUUGGGCUUUUGGCCUAGGUUUGGAGAGGUUAGCUAUGGUUCUAUUUGACAUACCGGAUAUUCGUCUCUUUUGGUCAAAUGAUGAGCGAUUUACCUCUCAGUUCUCCAAGGGCCAGUUAGGGGUUAAAUUUAAGCCGUAUUCAAAGUACCCUCCAUGUUACAAGGACAUCAGUUUCUGGAUCAAUGAAUCAUUUACUGAAAACAAUCUGUGUGAAGUUGUCAGAGGAGUAGCAGGGGAUCUUGUAGAAGAGGUGCAACUAAUAGACAAUUUUACCAACAAGAAAGGAAUGACCAGCCACUGCUAUAGGAUUGCAUAUAGGUCUAUGGAACGUUCUCUCACUGAUGAUGAAAUUAAUGACCUUCAGUGGAAAGUAAGAGAACUGGUUCAGAACAAAUUGGAAGUUGUCAUAAGAUGAGUUUUAAUGGUGGGCUUAAAAACUAUGCAGCUUUGCUCUGUUUCUUGUUCUCAUUUUUUUCUCGAUGUACAGAUGUUUUACCUCCUGUUACAGCAUCCCAAUAACGCUUUAGACAGAUGUAUUAUUUAUUUCGGCACGGCGAAUAUACACUACAUAGCCAUCCCAACAGGAAUCUGUAUCCUCAUUCCUCUCACUUUCCUUAAGAACGCAAUGUUGGCCUGUUAUGUUGUGCUGAGCAUUAUAUCUCUAUAACUAUUUCAAACUUUCUGUACCCUCUUUUCGACUUUUUCUAAUGUGCACAAAGUCAAAAGUAAAGUACAAAACUUCCACUUAUGUACCA